AUGGACAAAGACUUGCUGCGGCAGUGUCUGACAUAUCACGGACAGUCACUGUUAGACAAACUGAAGUGUGAACAAAUAGAAAACCCGGACUUUCAAACUGUCGUGUCCGAUCUGUGCAAGGCCACGUGUGACAGCGUUAGUCAAGUUCAGGACAACCCCCUUGUGGAGCAAUUCAUCGCCAGGAAGGCUGACAUCCUGUUCUGUCCAUCAUGGAAGACCGCCACGGGGCAGGAAGAGGAGCAAGUAGAGGAGGAGGACGCUGCAGAGCCCUAUGCUGUGAUGCCACCGGUGGAGUUAUUCAUGGAGGCGUCUUUUGAGGAGAGGCGAGUCAUGCUGUACAGGGAUUUGGAAAAAGGAGAUAUUGUGGUGGGCAGGAUCAACAACAUUAGAGAAUACGGCUUCUUUCUGACAUUGCUCUGCACGGCAGGAGGGCUGAAGAGAGACAUCGAAGACUUGGAGUUGUCGGCUCUCUGUCACAUUAGAGAAAUUCCCUCCACUGGAAGCCAUGAUGAUCCUUUGUCCUACUACCAGAUUGGGGACUUCAUCAGAGCUGCAGUGAAAGAUAUCGAUCGUUACCAGGAGAAAGUCACAGUCUCCCUCCACCAGGCGUCUCUUUCUUCCAAAAUGGAACACGUCAAACUGGGUGUCAUUCCCCGGGAGGAGCUGCCCACACACUACAGUCGAAGUGUUCGUGCAGCAGCUGACUCCAGUGAGACAUAUGAGUGUAUACUGCACAGUUGCCAUGGUUACCACAACCCGUCGGUAGUGGACUACCUGCUUGAGAAGGUGGGAAUCAGCGACGACCAUCCACCGUCAAUGAUGAGAGGUCUACAAAGUAAACUAUUCCAAGAGGAGGAUUUUGCCUCUGUUAUCCGGAAGAAGCAGUCUGCAUCUUGGGCCUUGAAGUGUGUCCGUGCAGGUGUGGACCACUUCAAACAUGGUCGUCAUGUGGAAGCCAUGAAUGAGUACAACAAAGCCCUGGAUAUCGACACCAAUAACGUCGAAGCACUGGUUGCACGCGGGGCUCUGUAUGCUAACAAAGGCAGCAUCAUGAAGGCGAUUACUGACUUUGAAUUGGCCCUGGUGAACUGUCCAGAUCACCGCAACGCCAAGAAGUACCUCUGCCAGACACUGGUGGAGAGAGGAAAACAACUCGAAGAACAAGAGAAACUAGUAACAGCAGAAGGAUUGUACAGGAGGGCACUGUCUCUCGAUGACCUGAAUCCUGAGGCGAAGGAGGCGCUUCACAAGAUCACUGACACGAUACAGAAAUCAAUUCGCCUCCGAGAAGAAGCGCUCGCUAAAGAGCAGGAGAAAGCUACAAGCAGCCAGACCAGCGCUGAGAAAUUGCGUAAGAUCUUAAAAGAGGAGAAGAGGAUGAAAAAAAAACGAAAGAGAUCAGCAUCUUCUUCUUCAUCGUCCUCCAAUUCCUCGCAGGACUCUUCUUCUCCUUCUUCCACCUCCUCAAAUCGCAGGAGGUCCAAAAAGAAGAAGAAAAAGAGGAGGAGGUCCGAGCGAGGAAGUAAGCGCCACAGCAGGAUCUCCUCGAGGGAGAGCAGGCGGAGUGAGGAGGGUAAGAGCGAGAGAGGCAGAAAGGAGAAAGAGGAGGAUGAGGUGGAGUGGUAUCCCGCUCCUCCCAACACCUCUGCCACCUUUCUGAACCAGAGAGGGGGCCCGGGGUCCGGAGAGGAGGAGGAGGUAGAGGAGAAGGACGCUGAGGACAGGAGGAUCUCUCAACUUUAUUCUCUGUCGGGCGCUUCAGACGACGAAGAGUCCGACUCCUCGCACAAAGAAAGGAAGAGAAGGGACAGAGAGGAGAGCAAGGCGGGGAAAAAGAAAAACAGUGAGGAGAGGGGGAGAGGGAGCAGUGAAAGGAGGAAUAAAAGCAAGGACAGAGGAAAGGAGGACAACAGGAGAGACAGUGACUCAAAGAGGAGGAGCAGCUUAGAUGGGGACAGAAAGAGGAAAGUGUCCUGCUCGUCAGCUGACUCCGAGUACUUGCGGAGAUCUGGUUCCAAAUCAGAAUAUUUAGCAAACUCUGCGUCCAAACACCCCGAGAGCAGGGGGAGACACGACUCUCCCAGGAGAAACUCCUUUGAUGGUGGUAGGUAUGAGAAUAGAGGGAGGGGGGGGAUUCAAGAGGCAGAAGAGACAAGAGGAGAGAAGGACAGUUUUAAGGGGAAACCAGAGGAAGAGAGCAGCAGGUCAGAAGAAAGAGGCUCCGGAAAUCAUAAAAACAAAAAGAGCGAUUUUCCAGUAAGGCCCAAAAAAGAGCUCCCCACUAACCUGUUAGAUAUUUUCAGUAAGAUCGCCCAAUUUGAGAAGGAGAAAGGUGGAAGGCCGAAAUGAUCAACCGAAAGAAACCAAAGGAAUCCCGCCUGAGACUGUGAAAGCCUUUUGAAAACCGAUCCUCUGGACACUGCUGAAGCAGACGCCAAAUGUGUUGUUAGUUGAACGUCGCUCUUGUUGUAGUCCACCUGAAGUGUUCGAUGAAAUGCCUGAGUCUUUAAUUUUUUUAGAUUUUUUUAAAUUCUUUAUGUUAGAUAUAAGGCCUGUGAGAACAGCGGGAUAACAGCUAGUGAAAAUGUUCAUCUGAAGUGAUUGGAAGCUAUAAUCUGAAUUAAGCAAUACGUCCCAUAAUUAAAGAUAAAGUACCGUUCUUGUAACUCCUAAUGAUGUACAUCGACAUUUUUCCCCCGGUUAUAUCUUGUUUGAGAUAACUUUCAUACAUUUGACAGAUAAGUGGGGUUUUCAAAUUUAAAGGGUAAUUUCUUAUUACAUUGCAUCAUUUGGCCGCUCUAGCGUAUCUUCAUUUACCUGCAGGCUCCACGUCUGUUGUUUAGUGUUUACCUUAAUUCGUACUUCUUACUGAUGGAGAGGAUACUGCCUUAUGUUUACUGCCUUGUGCCAUUCUGUGCAUUCUUUCUGUGGCUUGUGAAACUCUUUUCCCAAACAAUCUGACUGUUAGGUACUAUUGUACCUUUUUCAAGUUUUACACAAUACACACAUUAUCAAGUUUCUCCUGUCGUGAAUACAAAUCAGUCGAAUGAAUAAAGCAUUUUGAAAUGUCAAA